ACGAUGUCGAAUAAGUUAUUAUUUGGUAAAGCUCUUACCUCAUACGACGAUGAAGAUAUUGAUGAAUUGUUGUCUAAGCUAACACCAGAGGAGCUGGAGCAGCUUAAUGAUGACUUUGAUCCUGACAAUUCACUGCUUCCUCCUUCACAGAGGUGUCGUGACCAAACUACCAAAACCCCAACUGGACCUUAUGAUCGUGAAAAAUUACUAAGAUAUCUCAUUGAAAAAGCCAAAGCCGAAAGAGAUUGGGAAGAAGCUGUGCCUUAUGAAAAAAAGAAAAGGGGAAAAGUCUAUACACCAAAACAAACUAUUUCACCGAGCACGCAAAACGAAUUAAUUGAAAUGGGUUUCGAUGUAGAGUUUGAUGAUGAUGUAAAUAAGGCUCUUGAAAAUGCUACUGAAGAUGAACUUGUUGAUUUGGCUGCUGUCCUGGGUUUUACUGGGAUGUUGAAUCAAGUACAGUUCCACGCUAGUUUAGAAGGACGUAAAUUGGAAAUGGGUGGAUUCUCUGGUGUGGCUAAAGCUGAACGUCCUAAAGUCGUGCCAAAUGAGCCACCUAAUAUGACAGAUGUAGAGGAUAGUAUAAAGAAAUUGGAAAAUAACAGCGAAGAACUAACUAAAUUAAAUUUAAACAAUAUCAAAACAAUAAGUGCUGAAGCAGUACAGCGCUUAUGUGCCGCUCUUACAAAGAAUAACCAGUUAACUGAACUGCAUAUGGCAGCAACACGUUUAACAAACGCAAUGGUUGAACCAUUCUUUGAUAUGUUGCAGAAAAAUACUGUAUUAAAAGUAUUAAAUUUGGAGUCGAACUUUUUGACUGGUGUUAUCCUCGUUCGUUUAUUGGAGUCAAUUAGCCAUGAAAAAAGUGGAAUAACCGAUUUGCAUUUAGCUAAUCAACGUCAAUCUGUGCUCGGUGUGAAAAUUGAACAAAAUUUGACCGAAUUAAUAUUAGCUAAUCCACGUUUAGUUCGUCUGGGCUUAGAUUUAGAGACUAGCGAUGCACGUAUCGUAUUUCUCGGCAACUACGGCGUAAUAAAAAUUAAAUUUUUAUGUGAAUAUGCUUUUGAUUCUGUCACUCACCAAUCUGUUAACGUUUGCGAUCUAUUCAUUUGUAGACCUUUCGAUUCGUCUAGUUUAUGAAUAUUAUGGAUUGUUGAUUAUUUUGAUUUAUCGGCUUAUUGGUUUAACUGACCUAUUAGUUGUUUGAUUUAUGGAUUAAGUGGGUUUUCGAUGUUUUGAUCUAUCGGUGUGCUGUUUAUUUCUAUUUUUUGUUGUCAAUUUGUUGAUUUUCUCCACUCUUUGGUGAGCUAUUGCGAUUUGUUCGCCUGUUGGUUAGUUCUACUUUGUUUCAUCACUCAAUUGCUUUCGUUAAAUAUUUUUCAUUAAUGAAUGUUGUUAACUCCGUUACCACACUCUGUAAUUACUCGCUUCUCAUUCAACUAGUUUUGUUUGUGUAUUGCCUUAUAAUACCUGUUAAUGUUUAGUAGGCAGUUCUGUUUCUAAUAGUUUUUAAACGUACGAUGUAUUGCAAGUUUAUUUCUUAUGUAUUUACACAAACUAGCAACAUUUACUGUUUUUAUUAUCAUAAUUACUUUCCCUCAACUCUUGUAAAAAAUAAUCCAUUUUCGCAAAUUUCUUAUAUGAACAUAACAGUUCACAUUUUUGUGUACUUUUGGUUCUCAUCUCAGUUGUUGGUAAAUUGUUGCGGUAAAUUUAUACGGCAUAAGUCGGAAGAUACCUUCGAUCUAAAAUGACCUCUCUCUAGUUGACACAGAUUUGACGGGCAUUUUGCAUUUGGAAAGUACAGAGUAGACCACCAGACUGUGUGCUCCCUGAUUCUCUAGUUUACUUGCAUGUGUACUAACUAAUUAAUUUAUAGAACAUUCAUAUUGACGGAUCAUUCCAACAAUUAUCAGU